AUGCACGGAGCACAAGCACAUGAGCAACGACUGGCGCAUACAUCUUCACUCUUUCAUCUCCUGGCGACCUCUCAGGGCGCAAUCAACCCUGCCCUCCCUUUGAAAGUCCCUCACCCCGCUCCUCUCCUCAAACAUUCGCUGAUUUGCACGCACACACAUGUCUCUCAUCGCCUCCUUGCUCUCUGCUUUAUGCGUCUAACCGCCUCUGCUGGCCACACUAUGUUCCCUUCAUUGUCCAUAUCACUCGUCCUCCUCCUUCUCGCCCUCCUCUUCUGCAGACCCACAUCCUCAGAAGUCAUCCAAGUACAGAUCAUCCACCGUCACGGCGCACGUCCUCCUCUCCGCAAGAACCCAACAAAUACUUCAGACGAAACCCGUCCGAUCAGUCUCUACCCAGAUGGCGUUGCCCAGCUCCAAGAGCUCGGUACAUACGUUCGCAAGACAUAUAUCAAUAGCGCUUCUAGUAUUGUCGACAUUGCCGAGACUCCGACAGGGCGCGACAUUAUCGCCCGAACAUCAAACCUGUACCGCACUAUCCUCAGCUCACGGGCCUUCCUCGAUGCCGUCUAUCCAGACGAAAAACUUGUCCCCCUUGUCCCCCUUGUCUUCGAGGAAGAGCGGAAUGACUGGAUACUCCGCGGAUAUUCCUUGUGUCCCGCUUUAGAUGAGCGCUUCGCAGAGUUUCGAGAUUCAGAGGAAUUCAAAAACAAACAGAAGGAAAAGCCAGAAGGACAGUCAGAGACCAAUGACGAUUUCGUCAUACGAAUCGCAAAGAACUUUGAUGACUAUAAAGAUGACGACGCGAAGGCCUCAUUCUUCAACGUCUGGGCAGUGUAUGACCGCUAUCUAAUUAUACAUAAUGAUGGUUACGGCGAGGAGAAGUGGAAGGAAGAUUCACCCGAGCUCCAAGGUGUCGACAAACUGUCAGAUGAGGAGCUCACGCGACUCAGGGAUCUAGCUGACUGGCACGAGACUCGUAAGUACGACUUCGGCGUUCAUAACAUCCACAUUGCCGGCGGCCUUCUCAGAACAAUUAUGGGGCAAGCUCGAAGAAUGCAGAAGUCAGGCGACAAGAAACCAAAUCACCGUAUUGUCGAGUACUCAGCUCACUAUCCCACCCUUCUAACACUUCUCGGUUCCCUCCGUGAGAAGAACUCAGACAGAAACGAAUUCCCGGCGGACAAAAUUCCAGGAUUUGGAGCCGCAAUCAUUUUCGAGUUGCACAGCGAUGAUAGCGAUGAUAGCAAAGGGCCAGUCAUGAAACUCAAAUGGUGGGAAGGAUACAGCGAAAGGAACGAAGACGCUGACGUGGAGUUCACCCCCUUUGCAAUUGGACGACAACCGUGCACAGAGGCUGAUGAAGGGUGCACAUUUGCGGACAUGGAGCGCUUAGUAGCGUUGGAUGACCUGGGAGAGAAGUCUUUUUGUGAAGACUGCGCCAGCUCAGCUAAUGUUUGCAAGGUUUCGAGAACGCAAGAAACGAGCGAGGAAUCCGAAGAUGCUCAAGCCCAAUGCGCAACAGGCACAAAAGUGGCUUCCGGAGUCAUCGGCGCUGUGGUUGGACUUAUCGUAGGCGUCUUGUUUGCUCUUUUUUAUAUCACACUGAGAGCUCGACGGAAACGAAAUCAAAUGGUCAUCCCUGAACGGGAGUUUGCAGCAGAAGGAGACUUCCUCGGAUAGACCUCAUUUUUGAUCAUUUUAUCAGGUAUUUAUGCAAUAUGGGAAUGCUUCGUCGGAGGUAUUCAGAGAGAGAUUCAAUACCAGGGGUGACCUGCGAUGCACUGCACUUCUUAAGUCAGAAUCCAGUGGAAUUUCGUUAACGAUGUUUCGUCGAUGUGGCGUAGAAAGGGCAGCACACGAGUCCUUGGUAAUAUGGGGUACGAACACUAAACGCUCACCUGUAAAUUCUUAAGCACAGCGAGAAGUAAAUCGUUUACGUGAGGAGGUGGCCU